UUGGGCAGUCACAUCAUAUGCCCCCGGCCGCUCGCGUCCCAUCUCUCUUAAUUUCAAAAUUUCCAUCAGUUUUCCCUUUGUUCGUUUUCGUUGAAAUAUUACACUUGAUUGUACACAUCAAUAUCCGCGUGUGCGCCAUAAAGUUCGUUCCCUGAAAUUGCGAUUUUUAUUACGGGAAUAUAUAAGGGGAGAUUUGACAGUGGCAGGGGCGUUUCCGGGAGACGGAGGGAAUCAGAAUUGAUUGCUGCUUCUGUUUUUACGUUGAAAUUGUCAAAGGUUUCGGGGUGUGCAAAUAAUCCGGGAAAACAUGGCGAUGCACGUGUUUCUAUUUAUGUUGAUGCUGAGUGGUGUUUACGGCGCCAGCAUCGUUACGAGGUACAACGAGGAGAAUAUUCGAACGGAUCUUUGUGACAGCCAAAUUUAUUGCCAGGGGGAACUACUCAGGACCGUGCAAUUGGCGAAGAUAUUCAAUGACAGUAAAACAUUCGUCGAUCUUUAUCAGAUUAACGAUCCGGCCGUGACUUUGGCGAAUUUCGAAAAAAUGAUGGAGGCGACGGGUAGAAAGCCGAGCCCAGCUCAGGUGGCUCAGUUUGUAGCGAGUAACUUUGACAACAGCGAUGAGGCAUUACCCUGGAAUCCACCAGACUGGCAGGCAAAUCCAACGAUACUCAACCGAAUCCAGGAUUCAAAGUUUCGCGAUUGGGCGCAUCAGUUGAACGGCAUCUGGAAGAAUUUAUCGAGACAAAUGUCGGAUAGGGUACUUCAGUAUCCCGAGAGACACAGCUUCAUCCCGGUUGAGCACGGGUAUAUCGUUCCCGGUGGUCGAUUUCAAGAGUUCUACUACUGGGACAGCUACUGGACCGUGGAAGGACUCUUACUAUGCGGAAUGAAGGAAACGGUGAAAGGAAUGCUAUUAAAUUUGCUCUCCGUCGUGCAAAGAUUUGGCUUCGUACCGAAUGGAGGUCGUAUAUACUAUUUGAUGAGGAGUCACCCACCGCUGUUAAUCCCCAUGGUUGAGAAGUAUGUGGACGCAACUGGUGAUGAAGAGUUUCUCGCUGACAAUUUGUUGACACUCGAGCAAGAGUUUAAUUAUUUCCAACGGGAGAAGGGGGUUGACGUUGUGAGGAAUGGGAAGACCUACAGGAUGGCGCGGUACAUCGUCAGUAGUGAAGGUCCACGUCCGGAGAGCUAUCGAGAGGAUUACAACCUAGGAAAUCUCUUCCCAGAAAAUAGGAGAAAAGAAUUCUUCGAGGAUCUCAAAGCAGGCGCUGAAAGUGGCUGGGAUUUCAGUUCCAGGUGGUUCGUAACCAGUGGAAACAAGUCGGGAAAUCUCAGUGACACAUCCACGAGAAACGUUAUACCAGUCGAUCUCAACGCUCUGCUCGAGCGAAAUGCACGUUUACUUGGAGAAUUCAAUAAGCGGCUGGGAAAUGGAGUGAAAGCCCAGAAGUGGCUGGAUAUUGCGCGGAGUUAUCAACUGGGAAUUGACGAGGUACUGUGGAAUGAAGAGGCCGGUAUCUGGUUGGAUUAUGAUCUGAAGAAUAGACAGUCGAGGAGGCUCUUCUAUCCCAGCAAUUUAACGCCACUUUAUACAAAAAGUUUUGACAGCUCAAAGUCGGAAAUUUAUGCGAAGAGAACUGUUGAAUAUCUGAAGUCGCAGGGAAUCGGCGACUUCAUGGGUGGAACACCGUCUUCGCUGAGCAUUACGAAUGAACAGUGGGACGCGCCCAACGCCUGGGCGCCUCUCCAAUCGUUUAUCGUUCAAGGACUCUACAAUACGAAUGCUGAACCAGCACUCACGGCUGCUAAGGAGCUUGCGUCAAGGUGGCUCAGAGCAAAUUACCUCGGUUUCGAGGAAUAUGGGGUCAUGUUUGAGAAGUAUGACUCGGGAAAUCCUGGACACUACGGAGGCGGUGGUGAAUAUACGGUUCAACCGGGUUUUGCCUUCACGAAUGGAGUAGUUUUUGAAUUUCUAGACAUGUAUCCGGACAUGACAUUAAGCGACACUGAAUACGAAGGGCGUAACAUUCUCGAGAGAUAAACAAUCGAAUGCCGGGAGCGUUCAUCUACAAUUCCUCUUUCAUUCGCUAUCUAGUCUUUAGAAUAGAAUGUGCAAUUUUCCGGGGAUCCAGAAAAUGGAUUUGACUCACAGAAGCAUGGGAAUGGCUUUAAAGGGGUUUAGAGCUGUUCCUCCCUUGAGAGAGGACAACUGAUCGUUGGAAUUGUUAAGCCUGGCUGGGUUAUACUGAAUACUAAAGAAGAAAACGUUUGGCAAAUUUUCGUAGCAAUCCAUUUGGUUGAUUAUUUCCUAUCCUCUUCAUUCAAUCCAUGUUAUUUGCAGGGAAAUUUUAUGGUAAUUUUGUAAUGGAAAGUUUCACUUUAUAUUUCGAAGUUUAAUGUUUCGAAAUGCUUCAUGAAGUCGUGUGAUAUUUUAGUGAGAUUUCAGUAGAAAAAUUUCGAUGUUCAUAUGGCAAUUAAAGUAAUUAAUUGAGAAGUAUGAGAAAAAUUUGAGAGACUAUUGCUUUUAUUUUCUUAUUCGUUCGGAAUUUCACUCAUGCGUUUUUAAAUUUUCAUUGUCGAUUUUUAUGAAGGAUUCUUCAUAAAAUUUAAUUUUGUAAUGGAAAAUUUCACUUUGUAUUUCGAGUAGAAUGUUCUGCAAUGCUUCGUGAAGUCAUGUGAUAUUUUAGUGAGAUUUCAGUAGAAAAAUUUCGAAUUUAAUGCGACAAUUAAACAAAUUAAUUGGGAAAUAUGGAAAAAAUAAUUCAUGCGUUUUUAAAUUUUCACAAUCGAUUCGAAUAUUUAAAAGACCAUCUGCAAAGAAUUAUUACUAUGUAAAAAUUUUAUGAACUAAAACUUUAAAUCUAGAUAAAAGUGUUGGGGAAUUGCAAUGCAACUGUCGAUUAAUUUGCAAUAAAUUUCUAACAAUGUAUAGGAAAAUUUAGAUAAGUUAUAAAUAUUAUUAUUGAAUAUUAAUGUAUCUUACGUUAUCAGUAUUCCCCACAUCUCACUGAUCCCUCAAUCGACGAAAAAACGAUCGAGUAAUCAGUUUGAAUGGGAAUUGAAAUAAAUUAUUGAAUAAAAAUGAA